GCCUCCCCCUUCCUCCCAGCCUCCGCCGCCCCCAUGCAGGAGAAACGCAAGUCCAUCCUGCGGGAGCCCACCUUCCGCUGGACCUCCCUGAAGCAUUCCCGGGCAGAGCCGCAGUACUUCUCCUCAGCCAAGUACGCCAAAGAGGGGCUCAUCCGCAAACCCAUCUUCGAUAACUUCAGGCCCCCGCCGCUCACCCCGGAGGACGUGGGCUUCGCCUCUGGCUUCUCAGCGCCGGGAGCAGCGGCGCCAGCACGGCUCUUCUCCCUGCACUCCGGCUCCAGGUUCGACGUGCACAAGCGCAGCCCCCUGCUGCGGGCGCCCAGGUUCACCCCCAGCGAGGCCCACUCCCGCAUCUUUGAGUCCGUCACCCUGCCCUCCGCCGUGGGACGAAGCGCCGCGGGCACCUCGGCAGCCGGGGUCUCCUCCCGCAAGAGGAAGAGGAGGGUGUUCAGUCCCAUCCGCUCGGAACCCAGGUCUCCCUCGCACUCUAUGAGGACGAGGAGCGGGAGGCUCAGCAGCUCAGACCUGACAGCCCUCACCCCACAGUCCUCCGUCUCCUCCUCGCUCACUAGCAUCUCCGUCAGUUCUCUUGCCACUAGUGCCUUAAAUUCCACUUUCACCUUCCCUUCCCAUUCCCUGGCGCAGCCUGGGGAGUCGGCAGAGAGGAGCCAGAGGCCGAGGAAGCAGAGCAGCGCUCCGGCAGAGCCCUUCUCCUCCGGCAGCCCCGCUCCCCUCUUCCCCUGGUUCACGUCCAGCCCCCAGACCGAGAGAGGCAGAAACAAGGAGCGGGCGGCGGAGGAUCUCUCCAAAGACAAAGACGCUGACAAGAGCCUGGAGAAGGACAAGAGCAGAGAGAAGGACCGAGAGAGAGAAAAGGAGAACAAGCGGGAGUCGAGGAAAGAGAAGAGGAGGAAAGGCUCGGAAAUCCAGAGCGGCUCCACUUUGUUCCCUGUAGGUAAAAUGCCCAAAGAAAAAGUUGUCAGCGAAGACGUUGCGGCAUCGUCGUCUGCCAAAAAACCCACCGGGCGGAAGAAGUCCACGGGCACGGAUCCAGGGGCAGAGGUUUCUGCUGCUGCGCUGGCCGACCCGGCAGCCGUCAAAGCCAAACCCUCCAAGAAGGGCCGCGGGGGGCUGGACAAGUCAGAGAUGGAGCUCAGUCCCACUGCACCCUCACUGGAGAAGGACAAAGCCUUGCGCCUCUCUGCCCCCUCCUCCAGCACAGUGAAACAUUCCGCCUCCUCCAUCAGCUCCAUGCUGGCGCAGGCCGACAAACUGCCCAUGACCGACAAGAGGGUGGCCAGUCUCCUCAAGAAGGCCAAAGCCCAGCUCUACAAGAUCGAGAAGAGCAAGUCCCUCAAACAAGCAGACCAGCCGAAAGCCCAGGGCCAGGAGAGCGACUCGUCGGAGGCGUCGGUGCGAGGCCCGCGCAUCAAGCAUGUCUGCCGGCGAGCGGCGGUGGCGCUGGGCCGCAAGCGAGCCGUCUUCCCCGACGACAUGCCCACGCUGAGUGCCUUACCCUGGGAGGAGCGGGAGAAGAUUCUGUCUUCCAUGGGCAACGACGAUAAGUCUUCGAUCGCGGGCUCGGAAGAGGCGGAACCGCUGGCCCCCCCCAUCAAGCCGAUAAAGCCAGUGACCAGGAACAAGGCGCAGCAGGAGCCGCCGGUGAAGAAGGGGCGGCGCUCGCGGCGCUGCGGGCAGUGCUCGGGCUGCCAGGUCCCCGAGGACUGCGGCGUCUGCACCAACUGCCUGGACAAGCCCAAGUUCGGCGGGCGCAACAUCAAGAAGCAGUGCUGCAAAAUGAGGAAGUGUCAGAAUCUGCAGUGGAUGCCUUCCAAAGCCUAUCUCCAGAAGCAAGCUAAAGCUGCCAAAAAGAAAGAGAAGAAGUCAAAGACAAACGAGAAGAAGGAAAGCCACUCUGGGAAGAACCAGCUGGACUCGGGGCAGAAACAAGUCCCCCCGCCCACCGUGCCGAGGGAGGAGGGUGCCGUGAAGCGCAGCAGCGAGCCCCCGCGCCGGCCCCCCGAGGAGAAGCAGGAGGACGGGACGCCCCCCGGCCCUGUGCCGGAGCCCAAACCGCUCCCGGCUCCCACCACCAGGAAGACAGGGAAGUCCCAGCCACCGCCACCACCACCACCACCACCACAGCCGCCCAGCUCCACACCCCUCAAAAAAGAAGCACCCAAACCACCCGCCUCGGAGCCGAAGAAGAAGCCCACUCCCCAGCCAGAACCAGGCCCGGAACAAAGCAAACCCAAAAAAAUCGCUCCCCGUCCAACCUUCCCCGUGAAACAGAAACCAAAAGAAAAGGAGAAGCCCCCUCCCGUGAGCAAGCCCGAGAGCAGCACCCUCAACCUGCUCAGCACCCUCAGCAACGGCAGCGGCUCCAAGCAGAAGCCUCCUCCGGACGGAGUGCACAGGAUCCGGGUGGAUUUCAAGGAGGACUGUGAAGUGGAGAAUGUCUGGGAGAUGGGGGGGUUGGGCAUCGUCACCUCCGUCCCCAUCACUCCCAGGGUGGUCUGUUUUCUCUGUGCCAGCAGCGGACACGUGGAGUUCGUGUAUUGCCAGGUCUGCUGCGAGCCCUUCCACAAGUUCUGCCUGGAGGAGAGCGAGCGGCCGCUGGAGGACCAGCUGGAGAACUGGUGCUGCCGCCGCUGCAAGUUCUGCCACGUCUGUGGGAGGCAGCACCAGGCCACCAAGCUGCUGGAGUGUAACAAGUGCCGAAACAGCUAUCACCCCGAGUGCCUGGGCCCCAACUACCCCACCAAACCCACCAAGAAGAAGAAAGUUUGGAUCUGCACCAAGUGUGUCCGCUGCAAGAGCUGCGGCUCCACCACGCCGGGCAAGGGCUGGGACGCCCAGUGGUCACACGACUUCUCCCUCUGCCAUGACUGUGCCAAACUCUUCGCUAAAGGCAAUUUUUGCCCUCUCUGCGACAAAUGCUACGACGAUGACGACUACGAGAGCAAGAUGAUGCAGUGCGGGAAGUGCGACCGCUGGGUCCACUCCAAGUGUGAGAACCUCUCUGAUGAGAUGUAUGAGAUCCUCUCUAACCUGCCCGAGAGCGUGGCCUACACCUGCAUUAACUGCACGGAGCAGCACCCCGCCGAGUGGCGCCUGGCGCUGGAGAAGGAGCUGCAGGUCUCCCUGCGGCAGGUCCUGACGGCCCUGCUCAACUCCAGAACCACCAGCCACCUGCUGCGCUACAGACAGGCAGCAAAGCCACCGGAUUUAAACCCCGAGCCGGAGGAGAGCAUCCCCUCCCGAAGCUCCCCCGAGGGCCCCGACCCCCCUGUCCUGACGGAGGUCAGCAAACAGGAGGAGCAGCAGCCUCUGGAUCUGGAAGGGGUGAAGAGGAGGAUGGACCAAGGAGGUUACACUUCCGUGCUGGAUUUCAGUGACGACAUCGUGAAGAUCAUCCAGGCGGCCAUCAACUCUGAUGGAGGGCAGCCCGAGGUGAAGAAGGCCAACAGCAUGGUCAAGUCCUUCUUUAUCCGGCAAAUGGAGCGUGUUUUUCCAUGGUUCAGUGUAAAAAAGUCCAGAUUUUGGGAGCCCAAUAAAGUAACAAGCAACAGCGGGAUGUUGCCGAACGCGGUGCUGCCCCCGUCGCUUGACCAUAAUUAUGCUCAGUGGCAGGAGCGAGAAGAGAACAGCCGCGCCGAGCAGCCCCCUCUGAUGAAGAAAAUCAUUCCAGCUCCCAAAGCCAAGGGGCCGGGAGAGCCGGACUCACCCACGCCGCUGCAUCCUCCCACACCCCCUCUUUCCAGCUCGGAGAGGAGCAGAGAGGACAGUCCCGAGCUGAACCCCCCUCCGGACGUGGAGGACAACCGGCAGUGCGCGCUCUGCCUCAAGUACGGCGACGACAGCGCCAACGAUGCUGGGCGUCUCCUCUACAUCGGCCAGAACGAGUGGACGCACGUGAACUGUGCUCUGUGGUCAGCGGAGGUGUUUGAGGAUGAUGACGGUUCUCUGAAGAACGUGCACAUGGCUGUGAUCCGGGGGAAGCAGCUGAGGUGUGAGUUCUGCCAGAAGUCGGGCGCCACGGUGGGCUGCUGCCUCACCUCCUGCACCAGCAACUACCACUUCAUGUGCUCGCGCGCCAAGAACUGCGUCUUCCUGGACGACAAGAAGGUUUACUGCCAGCGGCACCGGGACCUCAUCAAAGGAGAGGUGGUGCCGGAGAAUGGGUUUGAGGUUCUCAGGAGAGUUUUUGUGGACUUUGAAGGGAUCAGUUUGAGAAGGAAGUUCCUGAGUGGCCUGGAGCCGGAAAACAUCCACAUGAUGAUUGGCUCGAUGACCAUAGAUUGCUUAGGGAUCCUCAACGACCUCUCGGACUGCGAGGACAAGCUGUUCCCCAUCGGCUAUCAGUGCUCGCGGGUCUACUGGAGCACCACCGACGCCAGGAAGCGCUGUGUCUACACCUGCAAGAUCAUGGAGUGCCGGCCCCCGCUGCUGGAACCGGACAUCAACAGCACGGUGGAGCACGACGACAACAGGACCAUCGCCCACAGCCCUGGCCCCCCCACAGACCCUCUCCCCAAGGACAGCCGGAACGCCGCUGAGAUCCCAACCCCCCUGUCCCCCGAGCGGCCCCUGCACCCUCAGAGCUCCGGUCCCUGCCACCACCCCACGCUGGCCAAGGGGGCCAGGGCCAGGGCGCCCAGCUACCCCUCCGCACAGAGGUCUCCUGGCUCUAGGCCCUUGCCCUCCGCAGGAAGCCCCACCCCGGUCACUCACGAGAUCGUGACCGUGGGGGACCCACUGCUGUCCUCAGGGCUGAAGAGCAUUGGUUCCCGGCGGCACAGCACCUCCUCGCUCUCCCAGCAGCACCCCAAGCUCCGCAUGGUCUCCCCCGCGCGCCCUGGCAACACCUACUCCAGGCACAGUGUCUCCUCGCUUCCUGGCGCUGCCGCCUCCUCGGAGCACGAGCCCAGGGCCGCCGAGCGCUUCGGGGGGCUGGGCAGCACGGGGGCUCCCUGCGCCCCCAUUCAGAGCGGCUCCACCAGCUCAGGCCCCCCAAAACCCACAGCUGUGAGUGGGGGUAAAUCCUACCAGCCGGACCCCUCACAGCCUGCGGAAGGCAAACAUUCCAGCGGCUUGGAUUUGGUCACCAAAGGUGUGGCUGCGAAGGGAGAGAAGGGGAAGAUGCCCACCUCAAAGGACCCGGACUUUUCAGCUCAUGGCUUGGCUCCUGGAGGAAACUCCAAAACGUCCACUCAGCCAAGCGGUUCCUUGGGCGCGGAAAUGAAUGUGAAAAUAGGAACCUUCCAGGAGUGCUCAGGCUCCUUCUCUCCCAAAGAAGCGAUGUCCUUCCCGCCUCUGCUGCAGAGGGGCCUGAGGAAGGAGCGGGAGCAGCACCUGGAGCCUGCGCAGCCAGAGAGAGCCACGGGGGGUGAGGAGACGGAUGGGAAGGGCCCCAAAUCUGCCGGAGCCAACAACCGAUCCCCUGCGGCCAGCGAGCAGGCAGCCUCUGCCCCCCGGGACAGACGGCACAAGGGCAAAAAGCUCCCGAAAGAGAGUUUUAAAGAGAAGCAUCCCCUGAAACCUGCCACAGAAUCCAGUCAGGCGGCCGGUGGUGACGAAGGAAGCCUGAAGCCAGAGUUCGGCAAUCAGGGCCUGGCAACCGAACCAAUUAGCCAGAGGUUGUGUAACAAUAUUCCUGCUGAAAAGGCAGGUGAAAAGUCCCCACUGUCACAGGGAGCCUCAAAAGGUUCUGCAGCACCCCAGGAAGCGGCCUCCAAGGAGCCGCAGGCACCUCGGAAACGCACCGUUAAGGUCACUCUGACUCCUCUCAAGAUGGAAAGUGAGAGCUCAUCCAAAAGCGCCCAGCAGGAGAGUGAUGCUGAGCCCCCGGCUGCGGGAGGGGAACUGGCCGCUCUGGCGGAGCCCUCGUCAGCUUCGGAGAGCCCGGAGGAAAACCCCGGCCUUCAGGGGAGCCCAAACGAGGCGCCGGCAGCAGAGCCUCCCAAUAACGCCUUUGAGAGCUUGCCCGUUCAGGAUAACAACCUCCUGCUGCAGGAGGGAGCCAAGGCGCAGGAGGAGGGCUCCUUCAAGCGGAGGUACCCCCGGAGAAGCGCCCGGGCCAGGUCCAACAUGUUCUUCGGGCUGACCCCGCUGUACGGCGUGCGGUCCUACGGCGAGGAGGACAUCCCCUUCUACAGCAACUCCACCGGGAAGAAGCGGGGGAAGCGCUCUGCGGAGGGACAAGUGGAUGGCGCCGACGACCUGAGCACCUCUGACGAGGAUGACUUGUACUACUACAACUUCACCAGGACGGUGGUGUCCUCCAGCGCGGAGGAGAGGCUGGCCUCCCACAGCCUGUUCAGGGAGGAGGAGCAGUGCGACCUCCCCAAGAUCUCCCAGCUGGAUGGAGUGGACGAUGGCACAGAGAGCGACACCAGCGUCACGGCCUCAACGAGGAAGGUCAGCCAGGUCACGAAGCGGAGCGGCAAGGAGAAUGGGACAGAGAAUUUGAAGCUGGACAGGAGCGAAGAAGCCGGAGAGAAGGUACAAGUCCCCAAGAGCUCUGCCGUCCACAAAGGGGACCCAAAGCUGGACAACUGCCACCCCGUGAGCAGGGUGAAGGCACAGGGGCAGGACGCGCUGGAGGCGCAGCUGAGCUCACUGGAGACGGGCCGGCGGGCGCACGCCAGCACCCCCUCGGACAAGAACCUGCUGGACACCUUCAACACGGAGCUGCUGAAAUCCGACUCAGACAACAACAACAGUGAUGACUGCGGCAACAUCCUCCCCUCUGACAUCAUGGACUUCGUGCUGAAGAACACGCCGUCCAUGCAGGCGCUGGGGGAGAGCCCCGAGUCCUCCUCCUCUGAGCUCCUCACCCUGGGAGAGGGCCUGGGCCUGGACAGCAACCGCGGGAAGGACAUGGGCUUGUUCGAGGUGUUCUCCCAGCAGCUGCCCACGGCCGAGCCAGUGGACAGCAGCGUCUCCUCCUCCAUAUCGGCCGAGGAGCAGUUUGAGCUGCCGCUGGAGCUUCCCUCCGACCUCUCUGUCCUCACCACCCGCAGCCCCACGGUGCCCAGCCAGAACCACACGCGGCUGGCUGUCAUCCCCGAGUCCUCACUCUCCUCCUCGGGGGAGAGGGCCAUGCUGGCCCUGCCCUCUGCCGAGUCCGGGGAGAAGAGGGUGACUGUCACGGAGAAGACGGCCUCGGGGGAAGGCGAGGCAGCUCUGCUGAGCCCGGGGGUGGCCCCCAGCCCUGAAGGCCACAUGACGCCCGACCACUUCAUCCAGGGUCACAUUGAUGCGGAGCACAUCGCCAGCCCGCCCUGCGGCCCCGUGGAGCCAGGCCACAGCGCCAGCCAGGACCUGACGAGGAACAGUGGGACCCCGGGCAUCCCAGUGUCGCCCACCGUGCCCCUCCAGAGCCAGAAGUAUGUGCCAAACUCCAGUGAGAGCCCCGGCCCCUCGCAGAUCUCCAACGCUGCGGUGCAGACCACCCCGCCCCACCUCAAGCCAGCUGCAGAGAAGCUUCUGGUGGUCAACCAAAACAUGCAGCCGCUCUAUGUCCUCCAGACACUCCCCAACGGCGUCACCCAGAAGAUCCAGCUGACACCCUCUGUCAGCUCUGCGCAGGGCGUGAUGGAGACGGGCGCCCCUGUGCUGGGGCCAAUGGGCAGUGGGCUCACGCUGGCCACGGGGCUGAACCCCAGCCUACCCUCCUCCCAGUCCUUGUUCCCUCCCACAAGCAAGGGGCUGCUGCCCAUGUCCCACCACCAGCACAUCCAUCCCUUCUCCACCGCUGGCCAGACGGGCUUCCCUCCCAACAUCAGCAGCCCCUCGCCGGGCCUUCUCAUUGGGGUGCAGCCGCCCCCCGACCCCCAGCUCCUGGUGUCCGAAGCCGGUCAGAGGACGGACCUGGGGUCCACCGCCCCCACCCCAGCUGCUGCCCUGGGCAAGAAACGCCCCAUCUCUCGCCUGCAGUCGCGGAAGAACAAGAAGCUGGCUCCCUCGGGAACCCCCUCGGCCAUCACUCCUCCCGAUAUGGUCUCUAACAUGACCCUAAUUAACUUUGCUCCCUCCCAGAUUUCCAACCACCCUCUGGAUUUGGGCACCAUCGCCAAUUCGACGUCCCACCGAACCGUCCCCAACAUCAUCAAACGGUCCAAGUCGGGGGUGAUGUACUUUGAGCAGACAUCUCUGCUGCCGCAGGGUGGGACCGGUACCGCGGUGGGCUCGUCCCCCAGCGUCAUCGGGCCGGAGGCCAGUCACCUCCCCGCAGGGCCCGUCUCGGGGCUGGCCUCCAGCUCCUCCGUGCUGAACGUGGUCUCCAUGCAGGCCACGGCAGCCCCUACCAGCGGCGGCUCCGUUCCCAGCCACGUCCUGGGCCAGAGCUCGGUGACGUUGACCAGCCCUGGGCUGCUGGGGGACCUGGGCUCCAUAAGCAACCUGCUGAUCAAAGCCAGCCAGCAGAGCCUGGGGCUGCAGGACCAGCACAUGGCUCUGCCGCCCAGUUCCGGCAUGUUCUCCCAGCUGGGGGCCUCCCAGCCGCCCUCCACGGCCGCGAUGACAGCCGCCUCCAGCAUCUGCGUCCUGCCCUCGGCGCAGACCAUGGGCAUGACGGUGGCUCCCUCAGCUGCCGACCCGGAGGGCUCAUACCAGCUCCAGCACAUGACACAGCUCCUGGCCAGCAAACCCGGGGCAGCUUCCUCCCCGCUGGACCUCGGCACGGCCUCAGCCACCCCCCAGUUGUCCAGCUUCCCCCAGCUGGUGGACGUUCCCGGCAACACCGGGCUGGAGCAGAGCAAGGCCCCCCCCUCGGCCAUUCACGCCAGCUCGGCCUCUCCCGGGGGGUCCCCGUCCUCAGGCCAGCAGUCGGCCACCGGCUCCCUGCUGGGGCCCGCCAAAGCCAAGCCUAAAAUCAAGCGGAUCCAGCCUUCACUGGACAAAGGGAACGGCAAGAAGCACAAAACCUCCCACGCCUGGAGCGGCUCCUCGGAAGCACCCGCUCCCGAGCGAGGGACCCCCGCUGCACCCCAGCCCCCCGCUGCAGGGACUUCCGUGGUGAAGGCGGACACGCAGGACGCAGCGAGUGCGGAGCAGCUGUCUCAGAAGCCGUGCGGGCCGGCUGUGGGGCCAACAGCUGCUCUCCCAGAGCCCCAGCCAGCCCCCAACCCAGCCAGCGAGCAAGACAGCACAGGCCCCAAAGCCCUGGAGGAGGAGGAGAGCACCUUCAGCUCCCCGCUCAUGUUCUGGCUGCAGCAGGAGCAGAAGAGGAAGGAGUGUCUUGGCGAGAAGAAACCCAAGAAAGGUUUGGUUUUUGAGAUCUCCAGCGAUGAUGGGUUCCAGAUCUGCGCAGAAAGCAUCGAAGACGCCUGGAAGUCGCUGACGGACAAGGUUCAGGAGGCCCGUUCCAACGCCCGCCUGAAGCAGCUCUCCUUUGCAGGGGUGAACGGCCUGAGGAUGCUGGGGAUCAUCCAUGACACGGUUGUGUUCCUGAUCGAGCAGCUCUACGGGGCCAAGCACUGCCACAACUACAAGUUCCGAUUCCACAAGCCCGAGGAGGCCAACGAGCCCCCUCUGAACCCGCACGGCUCGGCCAGGGCCGAAGUCCACCUGAGGAAAUCUGCCUUCGACAUGUUCAAUUUCUUGGCUUCCAAACACCGGCAGCCACCGGAAUACAACCCAAACGACGAGGAAGAGGAGGAAGUGCAGCUGAAGUCAGCCCGGAGGGCGACCAGUAUGGACCUGCCCAUGCCCAUGCGGUUCCGACACCUGAAGAAGACCUCCAAGGAGGCAGUCGGUGUCUACAGGUCUCCCAUCCAUGGCCGGGGUCUGUUCUGCAAAAGGAACAUCGAUGCAGGUGAGAUGGUGAUCGAAUAUUCAGGCAAUGUCAUUCGCUCCAUCCUCACUGACAAACGAGAGAAAUACUACGACAGUAAGGGGAUCGGCUGCUACAUGUUCCGCAUUGACGACUCGGAGGUGGUGGACGCCACCAUGCACGGCAACGCCGCCCGCUUCAUCAACCACUCCUGCGAGCCCAACUGCUACUCCCGCGUCAUCAACAUCGACGGCCAGAAGCACAUCGUCAUCUUCGCCAUGCGCAAGAUCUACCGCGGCGAGGAGCUCACCUACGACUACAAGUUCCCCAUCGAGGACGCCAGCAACAAACUGCCCUGCAACUGCGGCGCCAAGAAGUGCAGGAAGUUCUUAAACUAGACCUUCCCUCGGCUGCGGGGGAGCCCUGGGGGGUCUGGGGGGGGACCAGAGCUCUGAGAGACCCCCCCGGCCGCGGGGACAGAGCCAGGCUGGGCUCGGGGACUGCGUUUGUGUCGGAGCCCACGCGUUCGUGUCCCGCAUGCGCACACCCACCCCGGGAGAGAUGCGGGAGAAGCCCCUUGACGUGGUGAUGGUUUUGCUGUUACUCCCCCCCAGCCCCGGUGUUUGUGUCUCGGCCUCAGCCUGGGGAGCGGUGGCCUGUCCUGUCCCUCUGUCCCUUGGCUCCGUGCUGAGCCUGCGGUUCCUUUCCUCCUCCUCCUCGGUGCGGGGCUGCGUCAGGAGUCGGUGGUGCAGGGUUUGAGCUGCCCCCCGAGGGGGAGCGAUGGUACCCCGAUACCCCGGGACCGUGUGUGUCUCUGGUCCCUCGUGCUCCGCGUCCACGCACUGUUUGUGAGCAGCCGGUGCGUUCCCUGGGUCUGGCUGGGCUGGGGUCACCCCGGAACUGGGAAGAGCGGGGACAGAGCAGCCCCCGAGGGGCUGGGGGGAAACUGGCCAGUGUGGGGCUCCCAGAGCCAACCCCUCUGCUGGGGAGUCCCGGGUUCUUCUGCAGAGACAGGGCUGGUGCCAGCGGUGGGGGCACUGGGUGUCACUGGGAGCAGAGCUGGGUCCUGUGGGAUGGGCUCUGCAGGGUCCCAGGGAGGGUGACAGUGGUGGUAGCCCAGGGACCCCUUUGAGGUGGCCCGAAGCCCCCGGUGCCCGGUUAAGGCAGCGUCACCCCCUCCCCCCGGGCCUGCCCCCCAGCGAGAGCCAAGGACGGUGAGAAGCCCCGAGGGUGAUGGGUGACGACAUUGGAUUUUACUCUGUUCUGUUUACAGUUUAGUAUUUAAGGUUUUAUAAAUGUAAAUAUAUUUUGUAUAUUUUUCUAUGAGAAGCACUUCAUAGGGGAGAGCACUUAUGACGAGGCUUUUUAAACAGUGGUAUUAUCCUAAUUUAAGAGAAUCUCUUUUUAAUGAUUUUUUUAUUUUCAUAGGACGGUUCUAGGAACUGCCCGGCCGGUCGCGGCCGGGUCCUUUCUCCAGAGAGGGGGGUACACUUUAUUUUUGAUUUUUUACUCUUGUUCUGCCUUUUUGACUUCAGUAACUGUUUCCGGGAGGUUUGGCUGGACCUGAAUCGUGAUUUCCCCAUCAGGUGGGGGGGCAGGAGGGGAAUGGCCCAGCCCAGGAGGGGGUGGCUCUGAGUGUCCCCGUCCCCAUCCCCGCACCGGCACCUGCAGAGGGAAAGGGAGAUGAAGUGAGACCCCAGUCCCUGCGGGGGGGCUGCUCCGGGCGCCCCGUGUCCCGCAGAGGGGGUUGCUGUGGGGAAGGGAAGGCAGGAACCGGCCUGGCGCUUCCAGGAGUCCCGGCAGUGGGUCGGGGGCUGCUCUGGGAGGGUGUCGCCGUUGGUGGGGAAGGGGGGGGAUGACCCCUGGGAGCUCUGCCCCCAACCCCAGAGCGAGACGGGGCGCGGGCACUGCCUGUUCCCCUUCGUUAUUGCACUGUGUGGUGGUUCUUUGGCGAUAAGCGCCGGGGAGGGUCCUGUUGCCGCUGCAUUCGUUACUGAGGAGAUUUGAUGCACUGACAGUUGGGAACGCACAUACCUGGGGGGGCCGGGGGGCCUGGGCCUGGGGGUCUCGGCCCCGUGUCCCGGCACGGCCCGUUUCCUCCCCAUUUCUGACGGCAGCGCCGGGGUCAUCCCCUGCCCCGGCCAAACGCACCCCGGGGGUUCUUCGGGGCAGAGGGUCGGGGGCUGGGGAGCCCCCCGAGCGCUGUCCCUGCGGUCCCCUUGCUGCUGUGGCCAGUGGGACGGUCUGUACCGGGCCCCAGGGGGGCCGUGGGGCAGGGACCGGCCGUGGUGGUGUGGGGCAGGCACUGCCCCGCUGCCCGGCCGGCGGGAGCACAGCGUCCCCCGAUUGAAUGUAUAUUUUAAGGACUGACAGAUCAGGGGAUCUGGAAAUACUGAAAAAACCCAAAAGGAACCUUGGGGCGUUUAUUUUUCUCUGUACAAAGCGCCGUGUUCUGCGUUAAGGAAAAGCGGGUCGUUGCCAAGGGCUGGGGGUCUCCUCUCUCCCUUCC